AUGUUGCACCUUGUGGCCUCGAUUGUAAAGUCUCUACAAGAGUACUCCUAUGCACCACCAACUCCACGCUUCCACCGUUCUCAAGCAGGAGAACGUACCAGAGAAUGGUUUAUGUGGAGUGUGUUGAAGGGGAAGAGAAUGGAGUACGGAGGAGGUAUCAAAAAGAAGAAACAAAUUCCAGACAGAAGCGUCCUGGACGUCACCAACACAAAAAUGACGAAACAUGAGAAAAAGAUCCAACACUUGGAUCGCUCCAAGUGGUCCACCUUGAUCGCGAAACAAACGGAUCAUCGCCUUGUACAAGGCAAGAAACACAUCGAGCAACGUAGCCCGACUCCAGUCUGGCGGCUACAGCAUCUCAACCAGGCAGGGCCGGAAGGAUCGUUGAGAGGAGAAGCCGUGGACCAAUAA